UGUGUGUGUGUGUCUUAGUGUGUAUCUGUCUCUGUGUGUGUGGCAUCAGAGCUCUAUUUGCGACAACUAUUGUAUUGUUACCGAUCCGUUGCCACCCCGCCGGUCCGCGGGGUGCCGCUGUUUCUCCGCUGUCUGGAUCAGAGCCAAGCGACCCGGAUGUUUGGCGGAAGCGGUCGGUUAGCAACAACAACCAACAGCGGCAGCAGGUGCAGGCAGGCUGCUGCACAGACAGCUGUUAGACUGAAAACACACCAAACAUGCUGUUAUUGACACCUUUUCAACAACGUGCGUGACAGGCCGGAUGGGAAACAGGCGGACUCGGCUCGCGGAACAACUUUCUCGGCAGUUGUCCCGUUGUCCCCCCCCCCCCCGGCUUGUGGACGGAGUUAAAACAUGAUGAGCGGAGCCUCUAAACGGAGCUAACUGGAUGCUAACAGGCUAACCGUCAGUAUGGAGAUGCUUUGAUCAACGUUAGCAACAGGUUGACUUCGGGACAGUAACAGAAGACGUCAUGGACUCGCUGCUGGACUUCGAGGAAUGUGUCAAAGACUCACCUGAGUUCAGGCUGAAGCUAGAGCUGUUUGAGGCGGAUGUGUCUGUGAUCGAGACACAACUGGACAAGGUGAUGAAGCUGUGCGGGAAGAUGGUGGAGGCGGGACAAGCGUACAACGCAGCCAAUCAGCUGUUCCUGGCCGGCCUGGCCGAACUCUCCACGUACCACAGGAAGGACGGCGUCAUCAGCAACUGCCUGAACCAGUUCAACCAGGGCCUGCAGGAGAUGGUCAGCUUCCACACUAUGUUGUUUGAUCAGACUCAGAGAGCCAUCAGCCAGCAGCUGACCAACCUCUGUUCACAGUUCCUGCCCCAGCUGGUGGAGACCCGGAGAGAGUUUGUGCGGAUCGGGGAUGAUCUAGGGACGGCGGCGGUGAAGAACGCUCAGGCGUCUCGCCACAAAGCCGCCGACGCCGAGCGCGCCAGUCACCUGCUGCUCGCCACGCGCAAAUGCUACCAGCACUUCGCCCUGGACUACUGUCUGCAGCUCAACACCUUCAAGACUCAGCAGAGGAUCGACAUCUUGAACUCAGUGUUCUCCUUCGUCCACGCCCAGUUCACCUUCUUCCACCAAGGCUUCGACCUGCUCCGGGACCUGGAGCCCACCAUGAAAACCAUGGCAACACAGUUGUCCCAGUUCUCCUCCGACUGUGCAGCUAAAAGGAAAGACCUGGAGAACACACACCUGCUGGUGCAGCAGAGAGACGCUUCAGGGGAGCCCAUGGUCAGCCCGUGUCCCGGCAGUGAUGACAUCAUCCAGGGUUACCUCUUCAAACGCUCGAGGAGGAAAACCAAAACCUGGAAGAGGUCCUGGUUUUCCAUCAGGGACAACCAGCUCCUCUACAGGAAGUCACACAAGGAGGAGGCCGUGGUCCUGUUCGAGGAUCUCCGUCUGUGUGCCGUCAAACCUCUGGAGCACCUGGACCGCCGCUUCUGCUUCGAACUGCUCUCCGUUCAGAAAUGCUGUGCUCUGCAGGCUGACUCGGAGCAGCUGAAGCAGGCGUGGCUCAGUGCUGUGCAGGGCAGCAUCGACCUGGCCUACCGAGAGAGGGCCGACUCCCAGCCUAAAGAGCUCCCCCCUCCCCUCUGUGGGGCGGACUCGUCCCCGGGCCCCCCCGCUCCGAGGCUGUCGGUGCUGGACGUGGCCCUGCGGGGGCCCGGGAACCAGCGGUGCUGCGACUGCGGCGAGGAGGAGCCGCGCUGGGCCUCCAUCAACCUGGGAGUCACCGUGUGCAUCGAGUGCUCCGGCAUCCACAGGAGCCUGGGCGUCCACCUGUCCAAGGUGAGAUCUCUCACUCUGGACUCAUGGGAGGCUGAACAGCUGAAGCUGCUGUGCGUUCUGGGAAACAACGCCGUGAACUGGAUUCAUUUAGGUGCUGUGCCUUUCUGUCAGAAUGAAAUGACUACUGCAGGGGGUUGGCUGCUGAUCAGCAAGAAAAUAAAAAUCUAUGUUUUCUUUCGUCUCUUUUCCAGAGCGGAGAAAGAGACGUGGAUCAAAGAGAAGUACGUGGAGAAGAGAUUUGUCCAAAACGGCAGCUCCGACGGAGCUCGUGGAGGGAAGGGCGAGGCCGGGCUGCGUCUGUAUCGGGCUGCGUCGGCGGGGGAUCCGGUUGCCAUGGCGGCAGCGUUGGCCCAGGGGGCGGAGGUCAACGGGAGCAUCGCCGAGGAGACGGGGCGCACGGCGCUGAUAGGAGCUGCUGUCGGGAGGUCCCUGUUGGCCUGUGAGUUCCUGCUGCUGAACGGAGCAAACGUCAACCACCGAGACCUGAGAGGACAGGGAGCUCUGCACGCUGCUGCUACCGCUGGACACACUGGACAGGUGUGUCUACUGCUGAAGAGAGGAGCCAAUCAGUACGCUGUAGACGAGAGGGGACAGGACCCAUUGGCCAUCGCCGUGGAAACGGCCAAUGCUGACAUUGUCACACUACUGCGGAUGGCCAGGAUGAAUGAAGAGAUGAGAGACUCUGAGGGAGUCUUCGGAGCUAUGGGCGACGACGAGACGUUUCAGGACAUCUUCCGCGACUUCAGCGACAUGGCGUCACACGACCCCGAGCGGCUCAGCAGACGGCAGUUCAGCCGCGGCGGCGGCGAGGAAGAAGAGGAGGAGCGGGAGGAGGAAGUGAAGGGAGGCGGAGGAGAAACGGUGAACAGCCGACACGGUGUUGGAAAGAAUGACAGACACUGAGACCGG